ACAACAUCCCAAAGGACCCAAACUAAAAAGCGCGAGAUUAAUCAAAUUCUCUUUUUGGUCAGUAAAAAAGAGAACUUAAUGGGCUUUAUUGGGCCCAUAUACGACAAGACGAAGACAAUGAGCACCUUGCUCUGCCUUUCUGUUCCCGUCGCCGUUGGACCUCCGUCGCAUGGGUUUCCGAUCAUCUUUCACCUCGCCGCCUAACCAUCUAACUCCAUUAUUUCGCCGCCAUAUAGUUUAAGAUCACUGAACACUGUUAUGUGAAGUCUGGAGAUAAUUAUACUCUUAGUGUUUGUGUUUAGGUGCUUAAAGCUGAGGUUUUGAUGGGAGGUUUACGAUGUUGGCUGCAAUUCUACCGGAAUGGGAAUGCACACAAUGUGUUUGCGAUAAUGCCUGAAAGAAACGUUUUAUACGGAGAAUCCUCUUUCAGGCGGGUAUGGGUCAGGUUCAUGACCAGUAGCAAGCGGGUUCAAGAUAGGAGCAGGGAAAAGAGAGUCCAAGAGCUCGAAAUAGCGACAGAGAAAUGGAAGAUAGCUUCUAAAGUGAUUUUCUUGAUGGAGGUGUUGAAGGGUGAGCGAGAUAUGAUAAUGACCGUCAGGUCGUUUGAACAGUAUAGGCGGCAGAUCAAUUUGCCUAAACCACAUAAGAUUAGUGAUUUCAUCAGAAAGUCUCCGAAGUUGUUUGAAUUGUAUAAAGAUCAGAGAGGAGUCUUGUGGUGCGGGUUGACAGAGGGAGGGGAAGAUUUGUUGGACGAGCAUGACAAGUUACUUGAAGAGAAUGGAGACAAGGCUGCAGAACAUGUGACUAGGUGUUUGAUGAUGUCUGUUGAUAAGAAGCUUCCAUUGGAUAAGAUUGUUCAUUUCCGGAGGGAUUUCGGGUUGCCGCUUGAUUUUAGGAUAAACUGGGUCUACAAUUUUCCUCAGCAUUUUAAAGUUGUGAAACUUGGGGAUGGAGAAGAGUAUCUUGAGCUUGUUUCAUGGAAUCCAGCUUGGGCUAUCACAGAGUUGGAGAAAAAGACUUUAGGUAUAACCGAGGAUUGCGAACACAAGCCAGGUAUGCUUUCACUGGCUUUCCCCAUGAAGUUUCCUCCGUCGUACAAGAAAAUGUACCGAUACAGAGGGAAGAUCGAACAUUUUCAGAAACGAUCUUAUCUGUCUCCUUAUGCCGAUGCACGUGGACUUGAAGCUGGUUCAAAGGAAUUCGACAAGCGGGCAAUUGCUGUUAUGCACGAACUGCUUAGUUUUACACUCGAGAAGAGAUUGGUGACAGAUCACCUAACCCAUUUCAGGAGGGAGUUUGUGAUGCCACAGAAGCUGAUGAGGAUUUUCUUGAAGCAUUGUGGUAUCUUCUAUGUCUCUGAGAGAGGGAAGAGAUUCAGUGUGUUCUUGACUGAAGGUUACGAAGGGCCAGAGCUGAUUGAGAAAUGUCCUUUGAUACUUUGGAAAGAAAAGUUACUGAAGUUUACGGGUUACAGAGGAAGGAAGAGAGAUAUUCAAACUUAUAGUGAUACUUUGGACAUGGAAGAGAGAGAAUUACUGGAGAGUGGUUCAGGAGAUGAAGAUUUGAGUGUUGGAUUUGAGAAAGAUGGUGAUUAUGAUGAUGUGGUAACAGAUGAUGAUGAGAUGGACAUUGGGGAAGUGAAUGAUGCAUAUGAAGAGAAUAGCAAAGUUUAGACAAAAGUUUCUAAAUCAUUUAUGUAAACUUUGCUCUUACUAUAAUGUAAACCUGACAUUUCUAUAUUGACAAGCUUCAUAAGCUUUCUAUUCAAAAAAUCUCCAAGACUGUAGAAUAACAUUGAACUGAAACUGGUCUUUUUGCAUUUGUUUCGUCAUUUCUUCCCAAAAAUAUAUACAGUAACAUUGAAAAUUGACAAAUAAAAAGACAACUCCUUUCUGAA